AAAAUGUAUUCCAAGGUUUUCAUUUUUCUGACCGGAGCUGUGUACAUCUACUACCAGGUCCUUGCACAAGAUAUCUACAGCGCUGAGAUAAUGGUGGAGAGCAAUGUCACACUGGAUGCCCAAACUGUCCUGUCAGCUAUCAAUUCAACAAACCUCUCACUGAGCAAACAAACAGUACAAAUCAUAAACACUGAACUGGUAGCAGAAUGCCUCAUUGUUGGAACUGACACGAACUGCAACUGCUCUACAAAUUAUCUUUGGAGCAAUGAAGUGUGCUACAACUACAGCUGCUGCGGGGAUGCUACUUGCAAACAAAAUGUAUCCUACAUCACACCCCUCUGUUCUCCUAAAGUUCAAGUUUUCAUCAAUGGAUCAGUACAGACUGCAGCAUGGGAUUCAACCAAGACCACAACGCUUCAAAACCAAUUUCAAAACCUGAAUGCUAUUCAGUAUGUGAACGUUACUGGUCCAAGAACCAUCUCCACAUCCUCAUCGCUGCAGUAUGUUGACUUUCAGGUAGCUGUCAGUGUCAGAGUGCUGACUAGUAAACUUCAAGUGAUAGUCAAUGAACUUACACGUCUGCUUACACCUACAGCUAUAUUUGUGGACACUUUAGGAAUGGUCAUUGUAGAGGCCCCAGGGACUCAAGUUUGCUAUCAGUCCACGCCACAACUUGCAUGCAAACUUGAGGAGGCCACAGACAGCGCAGGCUGGAAUCUAACCACAGGGAAUCAGCGCUUUGAGCUCAACGACGGCAGUGUGGUCCAGCUGAAUAAGAUCUGUAGCACAAAUACCUUCCAAUCUUGUAUUGGUGUUACCCUCAACAAGGUGACAGGCACUUGGGAAGGCACAUAUGAGUGUGGAUUUACCAUUGGGUCAAUCAGGCACAUAGGCAGGAUUUAUCUGAGUGUGGCCCUCCUACCUGAUACAAUUACCCUGAGUAGCAUGCCUCUUACUGUGGACUGUUCAGAAAAUCAGGAAAGUGUAAGCAUUACCGUCAGUGCCAUAAUCCCAGCAAGCAAUACAACCUAUGCCAUUUCGUGGGGCUACAAUGGUAAUGUGUUUCGUGAUGUAAAAAUGACAACUUCAAGCAGUUACGUCAACUACACAUUCAAUCCUGCCAUCCUCUGCAAACAAACGAUUGAACCAUAUGUUAAUAUCAGUUUUAAGAAUGUAAUCGGUCAAAUUAAAAGUGCACAAUUGAACAUCCCAGUUAUCUAUGCUGGGAAGCCAUUUUGUAAAGAGGAGCUACUGGAUAAAGAUACAUGGCCAAAAACCCCAGCUGGAGACACAGUGAUUAUUCGAACAUGCCCAGCAGGCACGGUUGGCUAUAAGUCCCGACCUUGUAACGGCCCAGCCUGGCAGGCAGUGUUCUCAAGCUGCGUCAGUGAAGAAUUGAACAAAAUUUCAAAUGCAGCUGAAGCCUUCCUGAAGGGACUAGGGGCCACCACGGAGGUGGCCAAGAAUAUAUUUGAAGGGCUAAAGAACAGCUCUACAUUAAGUUCUGGAUCUGGUGAAAGUAUUGCUGACAUUAGCGCCUCCAUCGGUGUUCUAAAUAUGAUGGCCGACGCAUCAAACACAACUGUGUUGGGAGAGGAUAUCUUUCCUGAUUUUGUUAGUGCAGCAAGCAAUAUGUUGAAUGGCACCUGGAGUGGGGUAAAUGACACAAUUCGUUAUAAAAUGUCAUCAAACUACCUAGAGUCUGUGGAAGGUCUAGUGAAGAACAUUAAGGUCAACCAGAGCGACGGAAUCAACAGUACAAAUCUAGACCUUACAUUCUGUCGAAGUAAUGACUGUGAUGUGUCUGUGUUUGACAUUGGUGUGAAUAUGAACAAGACCAAUGGAAUACUGAAAACUGUAGCUGUGAAAAAUCUAAUGAGUAAAUUAAAUAACAGCUUUAAUGGCAUACAACCUGAACGUACCGACCUCAUAUUAUCAGCCACACUGGACAAUAAUAGUGAUUCAACUAUACAAAUUAGACUGGACUUCCCCAGUGGGAAAACCAACCCCACUCAACCUCACUGUGUCUUCUGGAACACCACAAGGAAUCAAUGGUCAGAUGAAGGAUGCAAUAUCAGCAUUUCUGAUAAAAACCACACAAUAUGUGAGUGCAACCACCUAACUGCAUUCUCUGUCCUAAUGUCCAAGGGUGAUGGAGGAAAACAAGAUCCUAUCCUUGAACUUAUUUCAAAUAUUGGCCUUGGUGUGUCCAUUUGCUCCUUGGUGAUCUUUCUCAUCAUUGAAUCUCUGGUGUGGUCAGCUGUGGUCAAGACUAACCUUUCUCAUUUUCGGCACACAGCUAUAGUGAACAUUGCCACAUUCCUCUUGCUUGCAGAUUGCAGUUUCUUGGCUUCUAGCAAUCCCAAGACUUUAACUGACAGCUGGUGUCUAGUACUGACCAUAUGCAAACACCUCUUUUUCUUGGCUAUGUUCUGCUGGAUGCUGUGCCUGAGCAUCAUGCUUGUCCACCAGCUCAUCUUUGUCUUCAGCCCACUGAGGAAAAGAGUUUUCAUGUUCCUCUCCAGCAUUUUAGGCUAUGUUUGCCCAAUCCUAAUGGUGGGAUCCAGCUAUGUGUACUGCAAAUACACCAACCAGGACUACUACGACAGCAAAACAUGCUGGCUAGUUUAUGUAAAACUCUUGGUUGGCUCCAUGCAUGCUUUUCUCCUGCCUGUGGGAACCAUUGUUUUGGCAAAUCUCUUUUCCAUGAUUGUUGUCAUCGUUACACUGAUGAAGACCUCAGUCCCUGACAGCAGCAAGGCCGAUGACAAGGAAACGGCAAAAGGCAUCCUCAAAGUGGUGAUUGUUCUAACACCUGUCUUUGGAGUGACAUGGAUUGUUGGCUUCAUUCAACUCAUCAUGUCUGAUAGCCCCAUCUAUAACGUUAUCACCUACAUUUUCACCAUCCUUAAUACCUUCCAGGGUUUUUUUAUUUUGAUCACAGGGUGUUUUGCAGAGCAGAAGGUCAGAGAGGAACUGUUCAAGCUCAUAACUGGAAAAUCAAAAGGAAAUGACAGCACAAAGAAAUUCACUUCAACUACGUACACAAAAGACCACUGAAGAUGUAGACUGUGAAUCCUGAACUAACAACUCGCCUGUCCAACUACCCCUCUACAGGAGAAUACAGUUAGCAUUAAGUUAGUAUGUAGUUCAUUGACAUUUACAGUGCGUUGUUUAAGGAGAUUUAACUAAAUGUUGUUUAUAAUCAUAUCAUUAUCUAUAGUUAUAUGUAGUUUUCCUAAAAAGCAAUAGAACCCCUGUCUAGUUAUUAUUUAUGACCAAUUAGAAGUGCAUGACAGUGUCUUUAUCUCCAGAGACCCUGCCUUUCUUAUUUAUUCUUAUUUUGCCAUGUAACUGAUGUUUCUUGACUGUAACACAUAUACAGGACAAUAACAGCAAACAGGACGAAGAAUGCACUUCAGCUGCAUUGACAGAUAGUGUAAAACAUGGCUGUACCUGCCAGAUGUAAAAGUGAGGCUUGUCUUAUACUUUUGUUUGCAGUCAUUACUAAAUGCCGUCCUUGACAUAAAUGACAGCCUGAAUGGCAAGGGUUAGGGUUUCAGUGACUCGUUUCCAGUCAUCUUGGAAAUCUAGGUCAUUCUUCUUGCCAGAAAAGAGAAUUUCCCACGAUAUCUACAUCAAAACAAGUUUCAUGGUCAGUUCUACCCUUCACUCUUCACAUCAGGCACCAAAAUGCCACUCAAAAGAAUUAUCUUAAAGCUUCAAAUGAGAUUUCAGGAACCAGCGGGUAACAUUGAACAUCUUUUAUACUGUCUUUGGCUGAAGUGAAUCUGGUAGUGAGUUUGAAAAUUGUGUUUGCUAGCAAUAACCAAAAAAUGUAGCAUACUAUACCUUUAAAUAGAGCAUUGUUGUCAAUGAUUAGCGCUAAGGUUCCGAUGAUAUUUGUACAUGACACAUAGUACUUCUAGCUAUUCUUCUUGCUAUUAUUAUUAGCUAAGGUUGGUAGAUUUUGUCAGUUAUCUUUGUAGAUGCAAAAAUCAUUUGUUUUCUUCCAUUCCAAGUAAAAUUAAAGAUAACUAACUGUGUACAUCUUCGACUUAACUGGAUUUUGGAUAUUAAGUAGACCAAGAGUGCAAGUGCUCACUGUGCAUAGAACAAAGUAAAUGCUUUAACAAGUCCGGACUUGUUUAAUGGUUGUAUUUAAGAUGAAUUACUGUAUAUUUAAAUUUAUGUUUGGCGUGAACUAUAACCUGUAUACUAUCCCUGUGUGGCCACUGUAUGUAUCUGAAAUCUGUUCAAAUAAAAAUA